GACUGGGAACUCGCAGGGUAACCCCCGCUCUGGCUCCGCCCCGUUUCCCCGCACCUCACCCCUCCCCCAGUUCCGUCCCGCAGCCCUGAGACCGCGCAGCAGAGUUGCACUGCCCAGGUCCAUCUAGGGUUGUGCGGAGCGGGGUGGGUGGAGUUGGGCAUCACAGUAGCAGCAGCAUCCCUGCGGUCUGGGACCCCUCGGUAGGGGAGCGGAGGACCCGCCCUGACCUCGCCUGGCCCAGCCUAGUCUAGUCCGGCCCAUGCGCCCCGCCCAGGAGUGGGUUCUAAGGCAAGAAAACUGAGGCCCUUCUACAGUAUCAGCACCCAAGGAUCUGGACCGGGUUGUGGGUCAGAUCUUGGCCCAGUCCCUGUCCCCAGCCCUGUGCGGCCAUCAUGGACAAGAUCCUGGAGGCCGUGGUGACUUCGUCCUACCCUGCGAGUGUGAAGCAAGGGCUGGUGCGGCGCGUGCUGGAGGCCGCGCGGCAGCCCUUGGAGCGGGAGCAGUGUCUGGCGCUGCUGGCCCUGGGCGCGCGCCUCUACGUGGGUGGCACGGAGGAGCUGCCGCGCCGCGUGGGCUGCCAGCUGCUGCACGUGGCGGGUCGCCACCACCCCGACGUCUUCGCCGAGUUCUUCAGCGCGCGCCGCGUGCUGCGCCUGCUGCAGGGCGGUGCAGGGCCCCCGGGGGUGCGUGCGCUGGCCUGCGUGCAGCUAGGGCUGCAGCUGCUGCCCGACGGGCCCGCAGCGGACGAGGUGUUCGCGCUGCUGCGGCGCGAGGUCCUGCGCACCGUGUGCGAGCGCCCGGGCCCCGCCGCCUGCGCGCAGGUCGCCCGGCUGCUGGCGCGCCACCCGCGCUGCGUACCCGACGGCGCGCACCGUCUGCUCUUCUGCCAGCAGCUGGUGCGCUGCCUCGGCCGCUUCCGCUGCCCAGCCGAGGGCGAGGAGGGCGCGGUGGAGUUCCUGGAGCAGGCCCAGCAGGUGAGCGGGCUCCUGGCGCAGCUGUGGCGCGCGCAGCCCGCCGCCAUCCUUCCCUGCCUCAAGGAGCUGUUCGCUGUCAUCUCCUGCACAGAGGAGGAGCCACCGUCCAGCGCCUUGGCCAGCGUGGUCCAGCACCUCCCACUGGAGCUUAUGGAUGGUGUGGUCCGGAACCUCAGCAAUGAUGAUAGUGUGACGGACUCCCAGAUGCUGACUGCCAUCAGCAGGAUGAUCGACUGGGUGUCCUGGCCCCUGGGGAAGAACAUUGACAAGUGGAUCAUUGCCCUGCUGAAGGGCCUGGCUGCUGUUAAGAAGUUCAGCAUCUUGAUCGAGGUUUCGCUCGCCAAAAUUGAGAAGGUCUUCUCUAAGCUGCUGUACCCCAUCGUGCGGGGAGCUGCCCUGUCUGUCCUUAAGUACAUGCUCCUGACUUUCCAGCACUCCCAUGAGGCCUUCCACCUGCUUCUCCCUCACAUUCCCCCAAUGGUGGCCUCUCUGGUCAAGGAGGACUCGAACUCUGGGACCAGCUGCCUGGAGCAGCUGGCAGAGCUGGUGCACUGCAUGGUGUUUCGGUUCCCAGGCUUCCCAGACCUGUAUGAGCCUGUCAUGGAAGCCAUCAAGGAUCUCCACAUUCCCAAUGAGGACCGAAUCAAGCAGCUGCUGGGGCAGGAUGCCUGGACCUCACAGAAGAGUGAACUGGCUGGCUUCUAUCCCCGGCUCAUGGCCAAGUCAGACACGGGCAAGAUUGGCUUAAUUAACUUGGGCAACACAUGCUACGUGAACAGUGUCCUUCAGGCCUUAUUCAUGGCUUCUGACUUUCGACACUGUGUGCUCCGCUUGACUGAGAACAACUCCCAGCCCUUGAUGACCAAGCUGCAGUGGCUCUUUGCCUUCCUGGAGCACAGUCAGAGGCCUGCCAUCUCUCCUGAGAACUUCCUCUCUGCAUCCUGGACGCCCUGGUUCAGCCCUGGCACCCAGCAAGACUGUUCAGAGUAUCUGAAGUACCUGCUGGAUCGGCUUCAUGAAGAAGAGAAAACUGGGACGAGGAUCUGCCAGAAGCUCAAGCAGUCCAGCUUGCCAUCCCCACAGGAAGAGCUCCCCAGCGCCAAUGCAACGUCGGUGGAGAAGAUGUUCGGAGGCAAGAUUGUGACCCGGAUAUGCUGUCUCCACUGCCUCAAUGUUUCCUCAAGGGAGGAAGCCUUCACAGACCUCUCUUUGGCCUUCCCUCCUCCUGAGAGAAGUCGCCACCGCCGCCUUGGCUCCGUGAUGCUCCCCGCGGAGGAUGUGCGAGCUCAGGAGUUGACACUGGCUCCCAGAGCCCCCGGGGCGCAGAGGCAGAGGAAGCGCUGCAUCACAGGGGACGCUCCUCACACGGGGCUGGACAGUGAAGGUGUGGACACCAUAGGCACUGGUGGACAGAGUGGGCAGGAGAAGGUGGAGAGGGAGCAGGCUGGGAAGGAGAAGGAGGUGGCAGAGGACAGGGAAGAGGAAGGAACAAGGGAAGAGGAGAAAGAAGAGGGGGAAGAGAAAGACAAAGAGAAAGAGAAGAAGGAAGAGGAAAAGGAAAAGGAAAAGGAAGCUGAGGACGGCAAGGAGAAGGAAGGGGACAGCUUAGGACCAGGGACCCGCAGGGAGGCUGCCACUCCACCUAGGGAGCAGGCAUGUGGCCCUGAGGGUUCCCGCUCUGUACUGGACUUGGUCAACUACUUCCUGUCCCCUGAGAGGCUGACAGCUGAGAACCGCUACUACUGUGAGUCCUGUGCCUCCCUGCAGGAUGCGGAGAAGGUGGUGGAGCUGAGCCAGGGUCCACGCUACCUCAUCCUCACACUACUGCGCUUCUCCUUUGACCUGCGUACCAUGCGGCGGCGUAAGAUCCUGGACGAUGUCACCAUCCCCCUUUUGCUGCGCCUGCCACUGGCUGGGGGUCAGGGCCAGGCCUAUGACCUCUGUAGUGUGGUGGUGCACUCUGGAGUGUCCUCAGAGAGUGGCCACUAUUACUGCUAUGCUCGUGAGGGUGCUGCUCGGCCAGCUCCUGUCCUGGGAUCCACAGAGAGGCCUGAGCCUGAGAACCAGUGGUACCUGUUUAAUGAUACCCGGGUGUCUUUCUCAUCCUUUGAGUCUGUCAGCAAUGUCACCUCCUUCUUCCCUAAGGACACUGCCUAUGUGCUCUUCUACCGCCAGAGGCCCAGGGAGGACCCUGAGGCUGAGCCCGGCUCCCCUAGAGUCCGAGCAGAGCCUACCCUCCACAAGGACCUGAUGGAGGCCAUUUCCAAAGACAAUGUCCUCUACCUGCAGGAGCAGGAGAAGGAGGCCCGGAGCAGGGCAGCUUAUAUCUCUACACUCCCUGCCCCUCCACACUGGGGUAGGGGCUUCGAUGAAGACAAAGAUGAGGAUGAAGGCUCUCCAGGGGGCUGCAACCCUGCAGGUGGCAAUGGUGACUUCCACAGACUGGUCUUCUAAUGGGAGUUCCCACUUGUUGGGGCUAUCACAGCCAACCUCAGAGUGGGCCAGGUGGAGCUCAGGGCCCAGGUAGAACACUCUGCCAUCUGGGGUCUUAGGGAGCUGUGGAGGCAAGCCCAGGGUGGAGCAGGCCUUUCUGAGGGCAAGGAGGAUGAAGAGGGACCAUUUGGGAUAUCAGUCUGUAGCUUGAAGUGCACGGAGAAACUGAAACCCACAGCUCCUUAGGCAUUCAUCCUCUUACGAUGUUAUAGACUACUGUCCAGACUAACAAAGAGAGCAUCCACUCUGGGCUUUGCCUCCCUGCAGGGCCAAUCCUGGAAAGGCCAGCCAGCUCAGGAGCCAGGGUGGUGUCAGCUUGGUGUCCUGUGUCCAGUAGCACUUCUUUCUAGUUCCUUCACUCAGCUCUUUCUCAAUAGGAGAAAAAGCAUAGUUGAAGUCAAGCCCUUGGGACAAGAAGGGGCGGCUAUGUCCCCAAUGCCCACCCUCUUGUUUUUUUUAAGGGGGUCCUUAAAAUAAGGUAUAUGAGUGUCUGCACCUGCUGUGUGUUUUAGAGGCAUGUGGAUAGAAGGCAGCAUAGCACAGGAUCAAAGACAAGACUCUUACCACAUGCCCCUCCCCUACCCCAAGUGACACUGUGGGAGAGCCCCUGCCCUCCCUAGCCUGCCUCAGUGCCUGAGAUGCUGCCACUGCAUCCCUGUCUAGUUAAGGUCCAGAGUCCUUAUUUUACUGAAGACAUUAGUCUGUCAGAAAGCCAUUGUCAUCCGAGGAAGCUAGCUGGCUUGGCUCCUCUGAUGGAAUGUGAGGGCUGGGUAGGUAUGAACUGUGUAUAAUGCACCUGACCUCAUCGUGCUCUGAGACUACUAUAGCCCCUUCUCAGUGAAGAGAAGAAACCUGUGUUCUUAAAUAGGAAUAAAACUCGCUUCUCUGAA